AUGUUGUAUUCCGAUGAAUAUUCUGUAUGGAGACGAAAUUCACCUAAUCUAACGACUGCCAUUAGCGACGUGAUCACCAGGCGUUUGCAGGCGGGACGAAACCGCGAGUUUGCGUGCGAUGAACGACAAGGCAGCGCAAGCGAGCGGCGGCGUUCAAUUAUUCAGCACGUUCUUAUAACCUCCGAAGUGCCUAGGAACGGCGCGUCCCCUCGGAGGACUUGUAGCUCACCUAAUAUCGAGUUGUUUAUCAGCUCGAAUGGGGGCCAGGUGCCACCAGGGGGAGGGGGGGCAGGCAUCAAGACGACGUGCGAAGAGGACGAGGGAGAGGGGAGCGGAGGCCGGGGUCGGAGAUCUUGGCACCGGUGCAAGAGGGCGUCUAGGUGGCACUGUGUUUUAGGCUUGAGGAUAAAAGUAAAGAGGAGAGAAUGGCAGGAUAAGAACAGAGGGAUGGAGCCAGAAGGGAAGGGAUGCCAUAACGAAGAGUCGCCCCGAGGACAAAUAGUUAUCUCGGAGGAAAGAGUCGGCCAUAAAGACAAUAAGGAGCCAGCCAGCGAUAACAGAGGACCCCACGCCGAGAACAAAAGGCCCUGGAAAUAUAAGAUGGACCCCACAGAGAAAACUAUUGGGGUACGGGGUGGCAAGAAGUGGCAUGCCCCUCCCAGACGAUCGCCUUUAACGUGGGCCUAUCCCCAGGAGUCCGACUAUGACGACUACGAGUACGAGGAGGAGGAGGAGGACUACGGCGUCAUGCCCGAGUUCGCCUUCGAGUCCCAGAACUUGGUGGCGAAGGUGGGCGAGACGGUCAACAUCCCCUGCCAGAUCACCGAGAACACUCCCUUCGUGCUGCUCGUGAAGAAGGCGGCGAUGGGCGACGACAAGGACAAGCUGAUCUUCGUGGGCAACGUGAAGGUGCAGCGCGACCGCCGCUACAAGUUCGACAACGACCAGCUCGAAAUCUCCAACCUGCGCGCCUCGGACUCCGGCACCUACGUGUGCCGCCUGGAGUCGCAGCCGACGCCCAAGGAGCUCCACCACUUCCUCGACGUCCAGUACCCCCCCAAGGUGGAGACCGUGUCCCCCCCGGAGCACCACGUGAGGAAGGGCGACAACGUGCAGCUGGAGUGCAAGGCCGAGGGCAACCCCCAGCCGGUCAUCAGCUGGUCCCGCCUGGAGGGCCGCCUGCCGUCCGGGGCGCAGCACGAGGAGGGCGAGAGCAUGACCCUAGCUGACGUCGACCGCCACGUGGAGGGCACCUACAGCUGCACGGCUGACAACGGCAUCGGUGAACCUGCCUCCGCCUCCAUGUCCGUCAUCGUCGAUUACGAACCUGAGAUCAUCACUGAAAAGGCCAUCAUCCGCUCCGGCGAGGGCGACACCGUGGAGCUGGUGUGCAUCGUCCACGCCCGCCCGUCCCCCACCGUGAACUGGACCCUCAAUGCCAUGCCCGUCGACCUGGACGCCCACGCCGAGGAGAAGGACGGCGGCCACAGGCACUCCCUCAGGAUCUCGCAGGUGACGGAGGAGGACUUCGGCGACUACGUGUGCACCGCCCACAACGACCUGGGAACCGUGUCCUCGUCCAUCCACAUGACUGGCCUCCCCAAGCCCCCCCGCUUCACCAGCGACCCCAACGGCGGCGAAGAGAACAGCUACACCCUCACGUGGGAGACCGAGAGCUACUAUCCCAUUGAAUCCUACCGACUCAAGUACAGGAAGGCUAAGGCCAACGACUCCACCGACGAGCCCGGCGAGUGGAGCGAAAUGACCUACGACGCCAGUGAUGUGGAGACGAACGGCCUGAAACACACCAUGAAGCAUACCAUCGAGGACCUGGAUCCCGCCACCGACUACCACGCCAACGUGCAGAUCAAGAACCAGUUCAUGUGGGGCGAGACCCAGCAGUUCGCUUUCUCCACUAAAAAAGUCUCACCCACCACCACCACUACUCCUACCUCCACCACAACCCCCACCACCACCACUUUCCCCACUACCACCACCACCUUUGUUGAGGAUAAAGUGGGUCCGACCAGUGGUUCUGUGAAAGAAGUAACAAGCCAUCAGUCCACGUCCAAGGGAAGUGGCUCUGUAAGCUUGAACGCCCUGCUUCUGCUGCUGUCCGUCUUCCUGCUUAGGACAUAAGUGGCAGUCACUGAUUAGUUCCUUCUGUAGCAGAUAGAUUUGGAUGCGUCCGAGCAGCGCCCAUUCGUGUUUUAGAUCAAGCUUCAACGCUCAUCCAUGGAGAAGAUCCUUCGAGUUGCAAUUAUUUCAUCAAUUUUUUUGCAACCGCUUUUCACGAGUUUACCGUUAAAAAAAAAGAAGUAAAUCCAGUUUUCUUUGAAGGUUUUUUCGUCUGGUCAGCAGUCUGUAUGGAUUAAAAAUUUAGAAGUUGAAUUUAAAACAAAAAAAUGAUUAAAAAAAAAAAGAUGUCUAAAGAAUGAUAAUUAUGUCGGACUGGAAUCAUGAUGUUUAUAGACCCUUUUUCGAAUCCAUUGCUAGAGAAAUCCCCUUUUUAAAUUCCUGUAUUCAAUUGAUGGUCUUCAAAUGAUGUGGUGUUGUAUUAGUGAGCCUUAAUGGAUGUGAAUAAUGUAAGAAAAAAAAAUAUGAAUAUUAACAUUUUAUAAUCAAACUUUUAAUAAUAUCUUGUCAUUAUUAUAACCGGUGGUGAGGAUUUAGAGAGGAAAAAAAAUAUGUUACGAUUAGAAACACAUAUUCCCAAAUUAAGAACAAACACAGAUUAUACAAAGAUUCUUUUUCUAGGAAAUUUACUUUACUCAAAAUUUAUAUAUCUCAUACUUAUGGUAAAGGAAUAGAUAGGUCUUAUGGCGAAGUGAAUAUAACACCAUCGUUCUAUACGUCUUCGAGACAUACAGAAAAAUGGCGUUGAAUGGUACAUAUCUCCCAAAGGAAGGUUUCCUUAAAGGGAGGCACACCUUCUAUAGUCACGCAGAACGGAGCCAUCUCACUAUUUUCGGCUUCCGGGUGGCCUCCCCUUAAGGGAAAUCGAAAAACAGAGGAAGAGAAAGACUGAAAUAAUAAUGGUAAUAAUAGGAAAAAAUCCCGAGCCGUGCUUGACGACCUUCGAUAUUGCAGGAAUGUGGCGCUCGUCAGGCAUGACUCCCUGUCCCCCUUUUCUCACUCCCCUCUUCUACCCUUCCCCUCUUUUUUCUCUUCUUCUCCCGUUCUUCCACGUCUAUGGGACUUUUUACUAUCAUUCGAAAGUCCUUGAAGGACGUCGGCAGAAACGUCUUGUAAUGAAAAUGUUCUUCAAGAGAAAAGAGACGCCGAGGGAGCUGGCCGAGAGGGGUUGACCUUCGUGUCGCAACUCGCAUGCGUCUGCUGUAAAAUCCGUAAAAAAUCUCUUAAAGAGUCUGAAAAAUAACCCUUUUUUGCCUUUUUGUUCUUAUUUUUCUCAGUGAUUUUUGUCUCUUUACCUUUUCCCAUAUAGGUCUGUGACAGGCUGCCCCCCUCUUUUCUUUGUCCCAGUAUAUGAAGUAGCCACAGUGUGGUAACCUUUGAGCACCUGGCGCGAUGGCCUUAGCGAGUGACCCUGACCUCGCUUACUGUGCAGCGUCUCCUAGUGCUUGUUUUAUGCUGACAUCACUACCCAAAUUUAAGCACAAACCUAAAUAGGAUAUUCUCAAUGACAGCAUUAACUUUGCUGAAUGAAAAUCCUAAGGAUUAAAAAUGACAGACGUCGGAUCUCGAACAGCUGUCACGCCGCUGUCGUUGGCAUGAUGUCAUUAUGCAGUGAUGUUGACAUUUGACGGCCCAGACGAGAGACACUGCAGGUCACAGCCUGGUUCAGACGACCAUGCGGCAGGGCACGUGGCAGAGUGCAGGAUUAUCAGACGGGAUACGAAAGUUAUCCUUGUAUAUAUGGACAGAGAAAACAACCCCCUCCGAACACUUUUAUAUGGAAAAUAAAAACUAUCCUCCCAAUAUCAAUGAAGUCACUCAUUUAAUGUAAGUAUAUACAUAUAUAUAUGUAUAUAUAUAUAUAUAUAUGGUUAGAUAACUCAUCUAAAUCGGGUUACAUUGGCGAAAGAAUUCUUCCAACAUUAACAAAGGCACGCGUCGACCCGUGAUAUUCUAGCGGAGGCAGCACCAACAGCUGACACAGUGGGGUCAAUGCGCCACAAAACCUCCAGCUUGUGACCUCGGAAAGCCCUGUUAGAAGGAGUUCACGUGAUCACCGAGCUGAGGAGGAGGAGAUAGUAGGCAAUUUCACCCUGACUGUAAUGCCUGUUACAUAAGAGAGACAACCUUCCCCAUGCCUUUCGUGUAAGAAUAUAACGUGGCUUCUUCUCCGAGCACGUCCGUAGCUUGAACUCAGGUCAUCUGGAGCCCUUGCGGGGAGGCUCACCGUUAACCUCCCUUGAACACUGUUUUAGCUAAAGUUUAGUGACGAGACGUGUGUAGACCUCAAUACAUUACAGCUGUGACAUAAUAAUGUAUAAAUCAGAAGAGAAAUAACAACUGUCAUUGGUUCUUGCCCAUGUAACGUACACAGCCUCGCCUUCUUCUGGUGUGUGUGUGUGUAUGGAAAAACCCAUAUUUUAAUUCCUUGCGAGUAUUUUUUUUUUCCGCCUUUGCUGGUUUAUUUUUUCUUGGUGGUGUGUUACGUCACUCCCCCGCUCUAUCCGAUGUCAGCAGAUGAUUUGGUCUUGAAUGAGAUUUACCAAAUAGCAUAAUAACGAUUAAAGAUAAUGAUGAGGAAUUCUUUGGCUUUUUUUUUUUUGUUUUGUUUCUCAAAAAAAUAAGUGAUGACGUUGUGAUUUUUAUGUUUUGCUAAAAGAAAAUAAUGAGUAAUAUGUACACUAGGAAAAUAUUUGUUUUUGAUUUUAUUGUAUUCUUUUUUUUUAUUUUCAUUUCUUUUCCGAGGAAUAAAAGGAAACAGUUUCUUGAAAUUAGGUUAAAUCACAUUUAUAAUUUGAACAUAGUGUAAUAACGAGACUUUGUAAGUAACGUGAAGAACUUGCUAUAUAUAGUACUUUAAGGAGAAAAGAACGUAAUACAAGAAUAAGGAAGAAAAUUUUGAUUGUCUUAAAGGACGUUAUCUGAACAUUCCAAACACAAACGGUGUCGACGCCAUAUUGGUAGAGACGCUGUCAAAAUUUUCAGUCAAAUUCAAAAAGCAUCGCUGCUAACAGUAUUCAUGUAUCAACUAACGCUGUCAGCAAAAAAUAAAUUAAAAAAAAACAAACAAAAAAAAAACAGUAAUUAAAUUUUGUCAACCAAAUUUGAGCAGAGUUUGUGUUCAGCUUGAAAGGGUUAGUCUUCACCUUGCCUUUGACAAAAAUAAAGUGUUAAAACGGUCUCCUUCUGAGUCACUGUGACUUCUCUGAUGUCACAACAAUUUAAUAAUAUUAUGCUUAGCUAGACACUAAAAUCAUCUUAAUAUGUAGGUGAGUGGCUGUUCUGCACACUGGUUAAGGAUGUAAGUCUUUGUUUCAACAGAAGCCGCAUGGUGAAGAAUUCAAAUUAGAAACUCCAAUUGCUAUUUAAUUGGAGUAUUUAAUGCACUCCGUGACCCUUGUGCCGCACAGCCACAGCUGGUGUAAAUAAUAGAAAGUGAGGGGAGGUUGGACCAGCUCCCAACCUCAGUGGGGCGGCCACGGCAGGAGACCAGCCGCAGGGUUAUGAUGGAGGCACCGUCUGCAGGGAGAUGCUUGCAGUCGAGUGUGAGAGACCUUUUGGCGUUAACUGUUGUUCUCUGGUUGUGGAUCUGUGUGAAAAAAUAGGCUGGCAGGUGGUUGUUUGGCUCCAGCGCAAAAAAAGGUCACACGACCAGAUAACAUGUGAUGUACCAACUGCGUAAUACACAGAGGUGCUAUUACAGCUAGAGUAGUUGUUGAUAGUACGACCAGGUUGUUGGAGUGUUGCUCUACAUCAGAUCAUCAUAGUUGAUUAAAUCAGCUGGUUUAGCCUAGGAUUAUACUUGUCUCACGCAGUUGGUCCAUCCGGGUAACAUCUGUGAAAGGUCGCUGCAAUAACACCCUAUGCAGCCACAUGGUGUAACUUAACACCAGAGCAUACAACACAUAGUCUCAGCAGGUUCUAUGAGCCGCGUUCCAGUCUCCCCUCGAGAGCUGAUUUGUGAAGAUUGUAGUCUCAUUCUCGUGAAAUUUUUAUUUAUUAAUUUGUGAGUUCUUUGUACAUUGUGGAAAUUGUAACUUUUGAAAUUAAAGUGGACCCAUGUCCA